CGGUAGGGAGUUGCCAAUCCGGGCCGGGCAGCUCGGUAGGCUCAAAGGCAGUGUCCCCGUAGGGAGCCUGUGGUGAGGGACGCGCCAAAGGCUAUGUGGAGGGGGGAGUUGGAACGGAAGUUGGAGCGAGCGGUAGAAGGCGCGAUGUUUUUAAACGGCAACAAACACGACAAACACUAAGCAUACGAAGGUACCGAAGCGUGAAUCUAUAGCAAAUUUCAAUAACUGUACAGUAUCUGCUGUUGGAACGAAAAUAUCGCUCUCUUCUCGCUCGACCAAUCCGCACUGAGCUGCUUGUUUAGCGAAUCCCUCACUACAGGGUCCCUAACCACUUCAAGAUGUCAACAAGCACUAUUCCCAUACCGAAGCGCGAAGCUGUAGUAAAUUUUGGUAUAGCAUCUUGAUUUGGAACGGAAGUUUCUAUCUCUUCCCGCUCGACCAAUCCGCAGUCAACUGCCCGAUUGGCGCUUCUCUUACUACAGGGUCCCUAGGUCCCCGCUGUGAGCAUGCGACUACUUUUGUUGACCUAGCAUGAAUGCCUUUCAUUGUUCUGAGAUUGAAACAUGUUACAAUAACUGAAGUUAUAAAGGAAGAGCUCAUUUCAUUAUACGAAAUUCAGAAAUCUCCAUUUAUCAGGAUCCUCGAUUUAACGAAGAUGAAGAUCUAUGUUGGUGCUCCUUUCUGCAUUCUAGCGAUUUUCUUCAGUUUAAUUGAAUUAUGUUCACCGUAUAGUUCACGUCUUACGAAGGGCGAAAUGCAGAUAGACCCUCGUUUUGAAAUCUUUUACCCAAUAGAGAAUAAUAAACAGGUGUGGAUCCAAGCUGGGGUAAAAACUAAAGGACUACUAGAUGGAGAAAUGAUGGUUUGCGCAUUAGAGGAUUAUAAUAACCAACCAUAUGUCCGUGCAUUAAUCACAAACAACAUACAUGUUAAGGUACUUCCAAAAACGUACAUAUUUUGGAAUAGUAGUGACAAAGCCUUAUAUGGCCUAGAAUUCGACAAACCGCUUAAGUAAAGAAUGAUUUAGAUUUCCCACUGCACACAUUCUUUGAUGUCGACACUCGCCCUUGCUCGAAGAAAAACCAAUAUUUCCUUUUUUCCACUGUGGUAUAAUACUAAAGAAAAAUAAUAGUAAUCAACAGUAAUUUUGAUCAUUUAUAGAAAAGGAUAUAUUGGCUUAUUAGUAACACGGAAUCAUUUGAAAAUUAUUAAAAGGAUUAUUGGUUAAACGGAAAGAAUUUUGGCGCCGCAGCAGCGCCAUCUAUUGUACAGUAGUUGCGCGUAGGCUUGGCACAGUUGUCAUACCGUUUUUUGGGCAGCGAGUGACCCAAACUAGAUUUCACAAAUAGAGCCUGAAGUAUUGAUGCGCAUGCGUGAAUAAUAGCUUUUUAUUGGCUCUGCUUGACGCAUGCGCAGUAUCGAACCAGACCAUCUUUGGGAGCAUUUAGCUAAACGACGCAGCAACUGGUGUGCUAGUAGGUCUGCUGUCGCGAAAUUCUUUUCGUACGCUAAGUUGCUAAUUAGUAAAUUAAAGAAAUAACCUACAAAUUUUUUUAUUAAUAUUCUUCUAAAUUACGUUUUUAUUCUUAAGUCAAACAUAGGCUAUAAUUUGGUGUGUAGUGCAUAAUUAAUUCCUAAAGUAACGUUUCACUGUAAUAAAUCAAUGUAAAAUUAAGCAAUGAAAAAUAAAUUUCAAUAUCUCAAAAUCUAAGGAUUAAAGCUUAUUUCCGAGUCAACUUAGAAAGGUGGAAAUUAGGUUUUAAAAUUCAUUGCGCACUACGCACGAAAUUAUAUAAAUUAUUAAGUGUUAUUGUAAUUUUUAUUCAUUCUACUGUUCUUGUUAUUUAUAAAUAAAAAAAAUAUCUCUUUAAAUGUGGAUUGGAUGUAAAUUUUCUUCGAGUGUUUAAUUACAAGUGGUAAAAAUGUUGCUGUAAAUUAGUUUUGACAUUUUAUUUUGACUUCGCCUACAAAAUUAUAUUUCGUUAUGACAAAAAUGUAUUUGUGGAUUAAAAAAAAAAUAAAAGAUUGAAUACGA